AUGACAAGUCCUACACCACAAGAUAAACUUCAACGCAUCGGACGUAAAAUUACUUUUUCAUGGGCUUAUUCAACCAACUUCGCAGUUGCGCCCAAAUACUUGAAUAUAAGUGCUGUGCCUGAAAGUUGGGUGAAUAGUCCAACUAAUCAAAAUUAUUCUGUAGCCAAUCUUUUGGAUCCAUCUAUCACUACUUACGUUUGGGAUACGAGCCUAAUUACUAACCCCGAGUUAAUAGAGUCGAAGUAUACCCUUUUUAUUUAUGACGAAAGGGGUUGGCAUCCACAAAACACCGGUGGUGCCGGAAGGUUGCAGGCCUUUUCAACAUUCUCGUUUAGCAUGUAUAAACCUGCACAAUAUUCUAAUUUAUCAGAUUUUCACUGUGCGGAAUGCUCUGCUGCUUCAACAUCAUUACCACCAUUCAUCCUAGUGACUAUGACACCCAUUAUCAUUCUUAUAGCAUCACACUUUUAUUUCUCAAUAGACUAA